AUGUAUUUAUUGUAUUUUCAUUUUUGUGCCGGUUACAAUAUAAAAAAAAUGGCGACCUCCAGGCACGACGUCGAUAAAGAAAAUACACAUAAAACAAGAAUACCGUUGCCAAAAGAUCCAUUACCAGCAUUGCCGAGUCAUUUAUUAGAGGAUAGUAAUAGUAAAAAGCAUCUAGAACUUCCAAAAAGAUGUCCUCUGAGGACUUUGCUUGCUCAAAAUAUUCCCAAGCCUGGCCCUAGUAAAGUGGUGCCAUUAAAACCUCGCAUACCUCUGAAGAUUGAUACUAAACAUGUUACAUUAAGGCAGAAAAGUGACGAUUUAGAUUGGCAUUAUACAGUGUUCAAAGAUAGAAGUGAAGAUAAAGAUGCAAGUGUUAUAUCUAUUAGUGAUGAUGAAAGACAUUUGGAUGAUAAGAAUAGCCGAAAACAUUUUGUAGAAAAUAAAAAGAAAAAUACUUUGGGAGUGAACGCUGUGACGCCUAAUCUGCAGGAAUGCUUGGAAUCAAAUCGUAUUAAGAAUAUAAAAAGGAGUUUGAAAAGACCUCAUAGUAGAGAGUUACAGGGUCUGUCACCACCGGCCCCUGUCAAACAACAAAAGGAUGAUGAAAAAGUAAAAAAACGUUUACACUUUGAUGAAACUUUACAAGAAAGACUCGGGACUCCGGAUUUCUGGAAGAGGUCAUACAUGCGAUGCCUUAACAGAGAUUAUUCUGCGGAUAUGUUCGAGUAUCUUCUGGAUGUGGAGCGGAAGCCUCUUGAUGUGCCUCGCACUCCCAGUGUCUCCAGGGCAUGUGUUAUCAACUGGUUAAUAAAAAUUAAUGGUACGUUUGGCAACCCGGCCGUUGUCCAAGCCGCGUGUUGGUACUUGGACUCGAUCUUAGGAACCGGUCACGUCCAGGUGGAAAGGCUGCAAUUGGUCGCAGCAGCCUGUUACUGGAUAGCGCAGAAACUGAAUGGUCCAGUGAUGCCAGCGAUGAGGCUCGUCAGGUACUCGUGUUCAGCCUUCACGUGUGAGAAGCUUUUAGCCACUGAGAAAGCUGUGCUGAUAAGAUUGAAAUUUCCCCGGCAGCCGGUGGUAGCCCAGGAAUUCAUAAAUUACUUAGCUUGGUGGUGUGCUGGUGACUGCAGUGGUGAGAUAGAAGUGGCUGCCACCUUCCUAGCCAUGUGUGGAAUGAUGGUCGACCGUUUUCUAUGUGAUGAGUACCCGUCAGUGAUAGCAGUGGCAGCUGUCAGAAAUGCUGUGCUUCUGCUAAGGAAAAGGGAACUGUUGGCGCGACUACACGAGAGUAAUAUAUUCAAAAUUGCAGAGAAAAAAGCAACAAGUUUAUCGUACACUUGUGCUGUUUUACGUCGGGCUGUUCGUACUGUGGGUGCUCCAAUGUAUGAAUACAAAACACCUCUGGAACAUUAUGGCAUGGCUCCGAACCACAUAGCACAGAAGAUCAUCAGAGCAUCCAACGACUUAUCUGUUAUGGAACUAAGAGUUUCUGAGUCGAGGUUAAAACCAAAUUGA